GUAACCAAGACCCCAAUCAGCUGAUCGAGUUUCGCUUCUAUAUUGUUCUAUACCGAUACGUGGUUACCACUGGUCACCUUCGACGUUAUCAAUAAAAAACAACCUGAAUAUUAUGUAAACACACGCCGUCAGGUGUAUUAUAUUGACAUGUCAGCAUUCAGCAACCUGUAGCAGCCAACGCACUCAGAUCCGGGUGCCAACGACUACAGCCGCUUUCUGAUCUUCAACGUAGUCCAUUAGUUACACUUGAACUCCGACUGUCGUACUUACAGCUCCGUCUGCCUUUGUGUUUUCAUCAACAGUUUCGUUUCCAUACGUGGCUAAGCCCCUUUAACUGUCCAGCUGCUGAUUGCCGUUUCGAAAAUGGCCCCAAUCAAAGGCAGAAAGGCUAACAAGAAUUUUCCCAUAUUCAGCCUUGAGGUUAUCAUCCGAAACCAUGUUGACAUCAUAUUCUGCGUGGCCAUGGUCAUCAAUCAGUAUCAUGGUUCAUGUGAGCAAAAAAACGCCGUGACUAAUUUCUCACGUAGAGCAUUGCCGUUGUGUUAUUGUCAUUGUAUCAUGUUUUUUUGUGUUGCAUUGCAGUUGACUUCACCGGUAUCUUCAUUGUUUGUGACCCUGCAAUAUGUUCAGGCCCCCGGACCUAACACCUUCCAAACAUAUGGUACAGGUCUAAAGGAUUUGUUUGCUAUAUUUUACUAUUUCCUCAUUUGCAUCGUACUCCGUGACAUCAUUCAAGAAUAUGUUUUGGAUAAAAUUGUCCAUAAGUUGCAUUUAUCGAAAUCAAAAAACUCAAAAUUCAAUGAAUCUGGACAGCUGAUUGUAUUCAAUGCAGUUUCUUUGAUUUGGGCAUUAUACAUUCUUGUGAAAGACAAUUGGUUGGCUGAUCUUUCAUCAUUAUGGAUUGGAUAUCCAUACAGCACUCUAUCCUUUUCAACAAAACUCUUUUACAUAAUCCAAUUAGCUUACUGGGCUCAUAUUAUGCCAGAACUGUAUUUCCAAAAAAAUAAAAAAGAGAAUAUGUUUAGCAGAGUAAAAUACUCUCUAUUAUACUUGGCAUUUGUCUCGGCUAUAUACAUAACUAAUUUCCACCGUAUUGGUGUUGUAUUGCUAUUGUUGAAUUAUGUUUGUGGACUUACUAAACAUGCUAUUAAAUUGAUUCACAUCACUGAGAAAGAAGAAUAUUAUAGUUAAAAAGUUCAAUGUAAGUUAUUUUAGAGACCUAUGAGUAUUAGGUAAUUAUUUUAUUAAAAUGUUUAUUUUUAUUAGUGGCCUACAUGCUGUACAAUCGCUGACAUUAAUCCUAUCUCAGUCAAUGCUAUUUGUCCCGCUUAAAGGUGUGCAGUACAGUGAAGUAUUCCGUGACUUCAACACCCCCAUGUUUAAAUUAAUAUGUUCGAUCAGCGCAUUGGCUUGGAUUGUUCGUGAAUUCUUGAACAACCAAAAUACCAAUGGUCUCAAUUUAUUUGUUUCGU